AUAUCUACUUGCAAUCAACACCUGAAGGUUGUUGCUUGUGACUAAAAUACCUAGUUGUAGUAAAAUAUUACGUAUUUACAAUGGGUUGUGGUUGUGUUAUUGUAACUGCCAUUGCUGUUAUUUUUAUAUUGAAAUUUGUACAUAAAAUCAAACGGUUUUUUAAAGUACCUACAGUGCCAUAUUUGGAAGAGACGUGGUGGGGACCUAGAGACAAAACCGAAGAAGAUGAUUCAAUUCAACCCUUCACAGUUAAAGUACCCGAUGAGGUGAUAACUGAUCUUCAACAAAGACUACAAAACGCCAGGCCACUAACCCCGCCUUUGGAAGGCGUUCAACACCAGUACGGAAUCAACACAAACCUUCUCAAGAAAAUUGUUGACUUCUGGCGCAACGAAUACAAUUGGAAGGAACGCGAAACCUUCCUCAACAAACUCCCCCAAUUUACCGUCAGCGUCCAAGGCCUACGCCUACACUACAUCCACGUAAAACCCGAAAAAACCGAUGGUUUGAAGGUCCUUCCCCUAUUAAUGCUGCACGGAUGGCCUGGAUCCGUUCGGGAAUUUUACGAAAUCAUCCCACUUUUGACCAAGCCCCAGCCUGGACGUGACUUCGUCUUCGAAGUCAUAGCACCAUCGCUUCCCGGUUAUGGGUUUUCUGAAGCUGCGGUACGGCCUGGGCUUGGGGCCAUUCAAAUGGCAGUGUUGUUCAAAAAUUUUAUGAAUCGGCUUGGUUUCCAAAAGUAUUACAUCCAAGGAGGGGACUGGGGGGCUGUUAUUACACAACACAUGGCAACUUUAUACCCGGAAAAAAUCCUGGGUCUCCACUCAAAUAUGUGUUUUAUCAAUACGCUAAAGUCUCAGGUUAAAUUGUUCCUGUUCAGUUUUUAUCCGACUUUGAUUGUGAAGCAAGAGCACGUCAAUAAGGUGUACCCUUUGUCGUCAAAAUUCGCAAAAACGUUGCUGGAAACUGGCUACAUGCAUUUGCAAGCGACAAAACCUGAUACCGUUGGGGUGGCUCUUAAUGAUUCUCCAAUCGGUCUAGCCGCUUAUAUUUUGGAAAAAUUCAUAACUUGGACCAACCCAGCGUGGAGGGACUUGGAAGAUGGUGGUUUAACUAAAAAAUAUUCCUACACUAGUCUACUGGAUAACGUAAUGAUUUACUGGGUGACCAAUUCGAUAACAACUUCCAUGCGAUUGUAUGCGGAAACUUUCAACAAAAACCAAACCAAACUCGGAGUUGCAAAAAUUCCGACCACUGUUCCGACAGCUUGUGCCAGAUUUUCGUACGAUCUAGCAUACAGUCCAACUGCUGUUUUGAAGGAAAAAUACAAAAAUAUCGUGUAUGAGUCGGAUUAUGAUGCAGGUCAUUUCGCAGCUUUCGAAGAACCGGAGCUUUUGGCUAAAGAUAUUUACAAAGGGGUUGAAAAAAUCGAGCAGUUUCACAAAAACAAUGAGCGUUUAAGUUGAAAAAUAUUGCAUGGACGAUGGAAUAUUUUCUUCUGUUAAUAAAGAAUGUUAUUUUAA